AUGGCCGGCUGGGAGUUGUGCAGUUGCUCGAUUUUUCCGAAAGAAUCUUUAUCGUAUCGAGAGGCGAUCGCAAUCCAUAGCAAUUGGACGUCAACAGUCUGCUUUAAACAAUGCGUUCGACGGUGUAGACGAACGAGGGGAAGAUGUGCGGUCAACAGUCCGCACAAUGAGCGCUACGCUGGUCAAUGUUGUACCCGAGCAAACACGAAUUGGUCAAUGAUGGCUCAAUGUUUCAUAAAUGGAACCGGUGCAUGUCAUCUUGAUCGAAAAUUGGCUACUGGAGCGAGCACGGUUCUCGGCAUUAGUGUCGGAAGUUUUGGUGUCAAUCAGGGUGGU